GCGGAGGGACGUCAUUGCGGCGGCCAGCAGGCGCGGCCGGGCCGGCGACUGGGCCGGGCCGGGGCGAGCGUGGCCGGGGCGGGGCGAGCGGCCUUUUCCAGCCGCCCCCGGGAAGACGCCGCCGCCGCCGCCGCCUCGUCCGCCCGCCCGCCCAUGGAUUUCACAUAGCGCCCCGCCGCCGCCGCCGCCGCCGUCGCCGCCGCCUCCCCCCUCCAUGGCGGCCCAGUCGGACGUGGCCUCGGUCUCCAGCGCGGCGCUCUUCCGCCUCCGCCACCUCCGCCUGGGGCUGGAGCUGCGCCCCGAGGCCCGCGCCCUGGCCGGCUGCCUGGUGCUGGAGCUCUGCGCCCGCCGCGCCCCCCGCCACGGCCUCGGCCUCGUCCUCGACACCCACCCGGCCCUCCGCGUCGCCUCCGUCGACUUCCGAGCCUGCCCGGCCCAGGACGACGAGGACGACGACUGCGAGGAGGAGGAAGAGGAGGAGGAGGAGGAGGAGGAAGAGGUCCGCCGGCGGCGCCGCUGCGGCUUCGUCUUCCCCUCCGCCCCCGGCCAGGACGGGGCCCCCCAAGGCCCGCCCUGCGACCCCGCCCGGCUGACAGGCGGCCUCCCCGGCCUGGCGGGCCCGCACCCCCACUGCCCCCUCAGCGCGCGGCCGGCCUCGGGGGCCCUCGAGCAGGCCCCCCUCAGCACCCCCUCGAGUCACCAUGGCCCUGCCAGCUGCCCUCAGGCCGACCCCUCGCCCCCUGCUGCCCCCUUGGCAGGUUGCGGGGCUCCUGGCACCCCCCUCUCGCCUGGCACCCCACUCUCCCCUCCCUCUAGCACCCCAGUCUUGCCUCACCCUGGCACCCCAAUCUCGCCUGGCACCCCACUCUUGCCUCACCCUGGCACCCCCCUCUCGCCUGGCACCCCACUCUUGCCUCACCCUGGCACCCCACUCUUGCCUCACCCUGGCACCCCAAUCUCGCCUGGCACCCCACUCUUGCCUCACCCUGGCACCCCCCUCUCGCCUGGCACCCCACUCUCGCCUCCCUCUAGCACCCCAGUCUUGCCUCACCCUGGCACCCCAAUCUCGCCUGGCACCCCACUCUUGCCUCACCCUGGCACCCCCCUCUCGCCUGGCACCCCACUCUCGCCUCCCUCUAGCACCCCAGUCUUGCCUCACCCUGGCACCCCACUCUCGCCUGGCACCCCACUCUUGCCUCACCCUGGCACCCCAGACUCGCCUCACCCUGGCACCCCAAUCUCUGCUCACCUUGGCACCUCAGUCUCCGCUCACUCUGGGACCCCAAUCCCUGCCCACCCCGCCAUCCCAGUCUGUCCACGCCCUGCCACCCCUCUGGCCUGCUCCUUCGUGGACCUGCCUCCGGCCUCAGAGAUGGCCCCUCCGCCCCUGCCCACCUUCUCCGACUCGGCCGCCUCUUGGCCCCUGGUCUUCCGGGUGGACCCUUUCGAUUGGGACUACGGCUCGUCCCUCACCAUCUCCUUGCCCUCGUCUCUGGAGCCCCACCAGCCGUUCCAGGUCAUCGUCCGCUACAUCACCACCGAUGCUCCAGCUAUCUGGUGGCUGGAUCCAGAGCUCACCUACGGCAUCUCCAAGCCGUUUGUCUUCACCCAGGGCCACUCAGUGUGCAACCGAUCUUUCUUCCCCUGCUUCGACACGCCUGCUGCCAAAUGUCCCUAUUCUGCUGUUGUUAAGGCACCAGCCGGCAUGCAAGUGCUCAUGAGUGCUACCCAGAGCAGCUACAAGGAACAUGAGAGGGUGUACGAGUUCGAAAUGGAAUACCCAGUCCCUGCCUAUCUGGUGGCUCUGGCAGCAGGCGAGCUGGUUCCUGCCGACAUCGGUCCCAGGAGCAGAGUAUGGGCCGAACCGUGCUUGCUGGAAACGGCUAUCAGCAAACUCUCGGGCAGAGUCGAACGAUGGCUGAGCGCUGCAGAGAGUCUUUACGGCCCCUACAUAUGGGGACGGUACGACAUAGUUUUCCUCCCUCCCUCGUUCCCUAUCGUUGCCAUGGAGAACCCGUGCCUGACCUUCAUCAUCUCGUCCAUCCUGGAGAGCGAUGAGUUCCUCAUCAUCGACGUCAUCCACGAAGUGGCCCACAGCUGGUUCGGCAACGCGGUCACCAACGCCACGUGGGAAGAGAUGUGGCUGAGCGAAGGGCUGGCCACUUACGCUCAGCGUCGGAUCACCACUGAGACCUACGGUGCUGCAUUCACGUGCCUGGAAACUGCCUUCCGCCUUGAUGCUCUUCACAGACAGAUGAAACUCCUCGGGGAGGAUAACCCUGUCAGCAAACUCCAGGUUAAGCUGGAACCAGGGGUAAAUCCCAGCAAUCUAAUGAACCUGUUUACAUACGAGAAGGGUUACUGCUUUGUAUAUUACCUGUCCCAGCUCUGUGGAGAUCCAGCACGUUUUGAUGCCUUCCUCCGAGCCUAUAUUGAGAAAUACAAAUUCACCAGCGUCGUGGCUCAGGAUCUCUUGGACUCCUUCCUGUCUUUCUUCCCAGAACUGAAAGAACAGUGCAUCGAUAGCAGAACAGGACUCGAGUUCGAGCGCUGGCUCAAUGCGACGGGCCCUCCUUUAGCUGAACCGGACUUAACUCAGGGAUCCAGUCUGACCAGCCCAGUGGAAAAGCUUUUCAACCUUUGGACUAAGGAGCCUCUAGACGUGGCUGCUGCCUCCAGCUGCAUUGACAUCACCAAGUGGCAGACCUUCCAAACCGUGCUUUUCCUGGACAGGCUGCUGGAUGGCUCGCCACUGCCUCACGAAGUGAUAUCGAAGCUCUCUGAAUGCUACUCGGCCCAGCUGGACAGCAUGAACGCAGAGAUCCGUAUCCGCUGGCUGCAGAUCAUCGUCCGCAAUGACUACUACCCCGACCUUCACAAAGUGCGGCUCUUCUUGGAAAACCAGAUGUCUCGGAUGUACACAAUCCCGCUGUACGAAGACCUCUGCACUGGCACCCUGAAGCCCUUCGCCUUAGAUGUUUUCUACCAGACCCAAAACCAGCUGCACCCCAACCUGCGCAAAACGAUCCAGCAGAUCUUGACGCAGGGCUUGAACCCUCUCCUCGCCAUGGACACCGCAGCCGCUGUGGCGGACACGUUAGCCACCGGGCUGGAGGACAAAGGCCCCGAAGCGGCCAACGGGGCCAUUUCUCUCAGGGACGUCAACGUGUCUGCCUAAGCUCGCCGGCUCGGGGCCGUGUCGGAAGCCAGAAGGGUCACGCAAAAUUUGGACGAAGCGCUCUCCUCUGUGACGCAGUUUCAACUGCUAGAGGGCUGGAUUCCUUGGGAACCCCUCCUCCCCCGCCCCCCCCAACAUUCAAAGCCUAGCAUACGUGCCUUCAAGUGUCUAACGUAUUGGCACAGCCAUAUAUCAGGGAUGUAACACUUAGCUGCGGGUGGGGGGACUGUUUGGGGACAGAUCAUGAAUUCCAGGGUGACUUGUAUUUCUCCCGCUCUGCGAACAGAAAACCUUCUUACCAGCAGUGGGGGCUGGGGGUGGGGGUGCAGGUUGGUGGUUUGGGCUCUUCAGGAGAAACAGAAUUGCUGCUGUCGUGGGAGUGAAUAGAAAAGAGAUGAGGAGGACCGUAGAGAUACUGAAGCAGGGUCUGUGUUCAGGAGGACGGACCGUUUGGGAAACUUGAAAGGGCGUGGUGGGAAAUCUCUCCUGCUCUGCGCGAUUCAGAAGGAUGAGGAUCGUGGCCCGUCGGAGGGCCUCUUCCAAGACAACUCCCAAGUUCAUCUACGGAAGAUUUGAGGGAGAGUCUGGCAUUCUUCCGUGCUUGUUGUCCGUGUCUGUUGCAGGGGGAUUUGACCACCAGGCCUGCUGACCUGCCUUGGGGGUCAGGGUCCAUUUUUUUUUUCUCAAAGCCUGACACAAAUCCAAGCUUUUGGCCUUCACCAGUGCCUGGGAUGCCGCUCUGAAAUAUGCGACACAGCCUGCAUUCUGUCUGUCUCCUCUCUUUUCCAAAUCAAUAAAUUGGGUUUAUCAGAGGUGGGCGUGACCCGCCACAAACUUUUCACGUC